UUGUGGCACAUUGUUGAUAGCUGUGUGGAAUAUUGCACGACAAAUUGUGUUUUAAUACUCCACAUUGGAGUGAUGUGUUUUAAUCAAUCAACCAAUCAAUGUUUACUUACAUAGCCCUAAAUCACGAGUGUCUCAAAGGGCUGCACAAGCCACAACAACAUCCUCGGCUCAGAUGCCACAUCAGGGCAAGAAAAAACUCAACCCAAUGGGAUAACAAUGAGAAACCUUGGAGGGGACCGCAGAUGUGGUUUGUUGGCUCCUGAUGAUGAUCCACCAUGCAGCCAUCUUCUUGUGACACCUUUGUGGCUCUGCCCCCCUCCACGGAGGGACACCGCAUCGUUUUUGGAAAGAACUCUGACCGACCACAGGAUGAAGUCCAGGAGGUGGUUUAUUCCCCGGCCUCAGACUAUGAAGAGGGGUCAAAGGUUGAGUGUACUUACAUCGAGAUAGAGCAAGUUCCCCACACAUUUGCAGUGGUUUUGAGCAGACCGGCGUGGUUGUGGGGCGCAGAAAUGGGCGCCAAUGAGCACCAAGUGUGUAUUGGGAAUGAGGCGGUGUGGGGGAGAGAGAAUGCCGAUGCAGAGGAGGCUCUUCUUGGAAUGGAUCUUGUCAGGCUUGCACUUGAGAGGGCGGACACGGCGGUGAAAUCAGUGCAUGUCAUAGCUGAGCUGCUGGAGAAACAUGGCCAAGGUGGAUGCUGCUUGGAAGAAGACUGUGGUUUCACCUACCACAACAGCUUCCUCAUCUCAGACAGGAAAGAGGCUUGGGUGCUGGAGACCUCCGGGAAGCACUGGGCUGCAGAGAGAGUGGAAGGCGGCUAUCGCAACAUCUCAAACGAGUACAGCAUCACAACAAAGAUAGACAAAGAGCACCCAGACUUGCGCAGGUAUGCACAAAGUAAUGGCUGGUGGGAUGGAGAGGCUCCGUUCAACUUCGCUGCCGCGUACUCCCACAUGAACACGUCCAGAAUCGAAGCCUCGGGGAGUCGAUACUGUGAAGGGAAGAAGCUGUUGCAAAAGAGCAAUGGAAGCAUCUCUGCUCAGACAAUGAUGGACAUCCUGAGGGAUAAAGAGAGUGGCAUAAAUAUGGAGGGCAUGUUCAUGACUACAGGCAGCAUGGUGUCGGUGGUACCUGUGGAUCAGGCUCUUCCAGGGGUUCACUAUUUCACAGCUACUCCAGAUCCUGAGAGGUCUGUGUUCAAACCAUUCAUCUUUCUGCAAAACAUUGGGGAGCUAAAGGAGACCACAUCUCCCAGUUACGGCCCAGAUGACCCAGUAAAAAGGAAGCCGCGUUUCCGGAGCAAGCCUGACCGAAAGCAUGGGCUGUUUGGCAAACACGAGGUGGUGGCUGCCAUCAUUGACACACACAAGGAGCGAGGAGAGAGGAUCGUGCACAACAUGAGGAAGUUAGAAUGUGACAGGAUGAAACAGAUGGAAGAGAUUCUUUGUCGCGGUGUUAAGCAGCCGGACAUUUUGUCAGAUGUGUUUUCCAGUUCUGUGAAGGACGAGAUGGAGCUGUACAGCAAAAAGUUCUAACUCAAUUAGGACACAGUGCAAGUCUCUCUUGUUACAACACAUCCGCUUGAGCAUAGAAGAUUAAAUAAAUGGUACAAUCUACAUGAUAUAUACUGCUAAAUCAGAAAAGAUAACAAAAUACAUUAACUGCAGCUGUAAGGUUUAUUUAGAACAAUCUAUAAAUACACAACACUUUACAAAAUGUGUCACACGUGCAUGACAAUUAUUUUAUUAAAGAGUCAUAUUCAACACUUGCUUAAACAAAUUCACAAUAAAAACAAACCAUAGUUUCCCUGUAAUUAAAUUCACCUGAGAGAAGAUGUAAUGUGUACAGUAUGUGCAACAUAUCAUAUUCAGAGCCUUAAUGGUGUUUUUUUAAGUUAAACUAAUUACAUUUUGCUUGUUUGGCAAUAAAAGCAUGUGCUAAUGUAUCCCUUAUAAACCAUCAACACUGUUUGCAUCAUAUUUGUAUUCACCAUGGUAACAAUGCUUGUGUCUUCAUGCUACAAACAAGUAAAACACUCAUAAUAUAAACUGAAUGAACACAAAAUUCAAAUAGAUACAAAACAACCUGCAUCUAUUCACUCACAUAUUGACAUCAAAUAAGAACAUUCAAGUGCAUGUGUUGACUGGAAGAUGAAAAGUUGUCAAUGCUAUCAUUUUAAAACUGACCUAUGUAUUGACCAUCAGUUCAUGAGGUGAUUAAAUGUCACAAGUGACUAAAUUAG